AUGUUUGGUGACUUGCAAUACUCUGUGCAAUUGGUGACUGCAAUACUCUGUGCAAUUUUAGAUACAUGGUUUGCUGAUAAGCAGAUUGUGAGACUCCAGGAGACACCUGAUGAGAUCCCUGAAGGAGGGACACCGCAUACAUUGAGCUUAUUAAUGCAUGACAAGUUAGUGGAUGUUGGAAAGCCAGGUGAUAUAAUUGAGGUUAUUGGGAUUUAUAGGGCCAUGAGUACUUACAUAGACUGUCUUCAUAUCAAGAAAACUGACAAGUCAAGAAUGCUGUCAGAGGAUCCCAUGGAAGUUGACAAUGGUAAUGGUUCGCAUGGGAUUGAAGGAGAUUUCCAAUUUGAUGAAGCAAAGAUAGAGAAAUUAAAAGAGCUAUCAGGAAAGCUUGAUAUGUAUGACAGACUGACCAGGGAGUACCUGGAAAUUGUAUAUGGUGCUAGCUUCCGUGGUGAUAUAAAUAUCCUGUUUGUUGGUGAUCCUAGAAUAAACAAGUCUCAGCUGCUUCAAUACGUACAGAAGUUAUCUCUCCGUGGCAUCUACGCCUGUGGAAGGGGAAGCUCUGCUGUUGGUUUGACUGUUUAUGUUAGCAAAGAUACUAAAACAGGGGAAAUAGUCUUGGAGAGUGGAGCACUUGUUUUAAGUGAUAGAGGAAUUUGCUGUAUUGAUGAAUUUGACAAAAUGUGUGAAAAUGAGAGGUGCGUGUUACAUGAGGUGAUGGAACAGCAAGCCGUCUCCAUUGCAAAGGCUGGAAUUAUUACUUUCCUUAAUGCCAGAACUUCAGUAUUGGCUUGUGCAAAUCCUAUUGGUAAGGAAUAUGAUCCAUAUGCCAUGCAACCGAGGUUUGGUUUGAUUUACUUAAUUCUUGGCAAGGCUGAUGAACAGACCGAUAGGCACCUUGCCAAGUAUAUAGUUUCUUUGCACUUCAAGAAUCCUGACCUUAGACAAAAUAUAACUUCAGCAACCUCAGCUAUCAAAUCUGUUUUUGGCCAAGAGCAAACUAGCCAACAGGAUUCUAACAUUGAUUUGCUCAGCUUAACAGUUGAGGAAACACUUCCAAUGCACAAUAUACCCUUUGAAUGGCCAGGUUAUAAUUGGGUAAUGGCAAUUAGUGAGUCAUCUAGAUUGCGUGCAUCCUUAAAGAAGGAGAAUGUUCUUGUUAAGAAGCUUGUUGUCAAUCAAAUUCUCCCUCCAUCUGCCACUGACUACAAGUCUUGUGCAAUGAAAAGGAAGGUAUUAAUUCAGUUACUUUUUGCAGCUUUGAAGCUUUCAAUAACAGUAUAA